AUGCCGCUCUUAGCCUUCCUUCCGCCGCUCCCCCCGUUCCUCUUCUCGGCCCUGGCCGUGAGCGGUCUUGCCUCAAAGGCCUUACACAUCGGCCUACAUAUUCACUCGUUACCCUUCCUCUAUUUCGUCCUCUAUUUGCCUACCCUCAUUUUACCAGACCUGCUAGUGAUCUUCGUUGGGAGGCUGUUGUUGCAAUUUGCGGCUCCGGGAACUCGGUUACAAUGGUUGUCAACAUGCGUGGGGGGUCUGCUUUCCCUGGUAACAUGGGGUGCCUCCUCCGUCCAGUUUGGCUUUUUCAUGCAGACCGGCGCCGAGGUCGCCUGGGCUCAAAGUAAUAGUUUCCUCAGUGAUCCCGCCGCGAUGAAAAUCCUUUUGAGUGGCAUCACCACCGUUACCGCUGCAGCUACCGUCCUUGGCCUGGUCGCUUGGCUCAUUCACGCACACCUGUAUCAUCUGACCGGUCUUGGAUUGCAGGCGAUCCGAGAACUGUUCAUGGGAGGCUACAGGGCCCGCUACACUUUACUUUCCGUGCCCAACAAAUCUUGGUUGGCCUCUGUCGAUCUCCGAACCGUGCGCCGAACCGCUAUUGCUGUGUCGAUCUUUGUGUCGCUGCUGUUCUUGGAGCUCACGAGACCCGCCAUCCCGUAUGAUCACAUCUCCGGUGCAUUGCCGUUGACUUUGAUGGAUGCCUUCACCAAGAAAGCGGUUACCGUUGAAGGCUGCCGCAACCCGAAUACGAACUUCCCUCUCUGGACCGCGGGUAAAACUAGCUCGGAGAGAUGGGCCCGUCCUGCGUGGUUACCGCAAAACCCACCCUCGGGAUUCAGCCGGUGGGAUAUUAGUCCUGAAGAGCGCGCUGAGAAGGAUAACCCUUCCUGGUAUCUGUGUAGCAGCGGCAAGGAGCCUGGGUUCUACGAUCCUAAGAAAGAUCCUCUCAAGAUUUCCAAUCUUGGCGGUGAGAUCUACGAGCCCUUGCAGAAGGCCUUCAAGGAGCACUCAGUGGAGAUUGAUAAUGUUGUUCUUCUGACCCUCGAAAGUGGGCGCAAGGAGCUGUUCCCAGCACAGCAGGGUACUCCCAUGUUUGACGCUUUGCUCGAAUCACAUAAGAAGGAGAAGAGAGAUGAGGCGAUCGAUCAUCUGGCCAAGUUGACUCCCGUUGCACAGAUGUUGACGGGCGAGUACGCUACCGAUAGCAAGGGUGACAAGGUCGAUCUGAGCCAUGCGACAUGGCAAGAUACUGCAGAGGAAGGUAUGGGUGGAUUGAACGUACGGGGUGCACUCACAGGCAGUUCAUUGACAUUCAAGAGUAUCUUGGGCAGUCACUGUGGUGUCAACCCGCUCCCCGUAGACAUGUUGGAAGAGACUGCUCUCGAGAUCUAUCAACCGUGCCUGCCGCAGCUUUUCGAACUAUUCAACGAGGUCAAAUCGCCUGCGCCGCCCGCAAUGCCCGAGGCCAUUGAAGCCCGCAGCGACGAUUCCGAGGCUGUCAAGUACCCGUGGAAGUCUGUCUUCAUGCAGUCCAUCACUGAAGACUACGAUCGCCAGGAUGUCUUGAACAAGAACAUGGGAUUCGAAAACAAGGUUGUCAAGAAGACUCUGACCCGUGCUCGACAAGGCUCUAAAUAUGCUCCUAAGGGCCAAGAGAUCAACUACUUUGGAUACGCCGAGACGGAAUUGAAACCGUACGUGCAGGAUCUAUUCGAGGAAGCCGCCAACAACAAAACGCGCAUCUUCCUCUCGCACGUCACUAGUACCACUCAUCACCCGUGGAACACCCCAGACGAUUUCAAAAUGGAAUUCUACAUGGGCAAUGAAGGAGCCGUCAACCAUAACCUGAUGAAUAAUUACCUGAAUACCCAGCGAUUUGUCGACAACUGGCUCGGCGACAUCAUGAAUAUGCUUGACGAAACCGGCAUCGCCAACACUACUCUCGUCGUAGUCGUCGGCGAUCACGGUCAAGCCUUCGGUGAAGACAACAAGGACAUGACAGGCACCUAUGAAAACGGCCAUAUCAGCAACUUCCGCGUCCCUCUCGUUUUCCGCCACCCUCACAUGCCGCGCAUCGAUAUUAAUGCCAACGCAACAUCACUCUCCAUUAUUCCCACCAUUCUCGACCUCCUCGUCCAGUCCGAGUCUCUCGACGCCCACGACGCGGAAAUCGCCUCCGCCCUUCUCCCAGAAUAUCAAGGUCAAUCCCUCAUCCGACCCUUCGUUCCCGCCAUUGGCGACUUGUCUCCGAAAACUCACUCCAAUAACGCCCGUUCUCCGCGCCCAACACACAAACAUCAAGACGCUCAAACACAGCGCGUCUGGAACUUUGGCCUUAUCAACGCUGGCGGCUCCAUGAUCUCCGUUACCUCUGCCGACACUCCAUAUCGCCUGAUUCUGCCUAUUCGCGAGAGCUUCGAGUACGUCUUCACACACCUUGACGAAGACCCCGGCGAAUUACACCCCAUGAAGACCUGGAAAUUAUCCGAGAUCGUCGACGAAGUUACCAAGAAAUUCGGUGAGGAUGCCGCCUCCUGGGCCGAAGAUGCCGAGCAGGUUGGCAAGUGGUAUGUCAACGAGCAACGGCGAAUCUGGGGUUACCGGGAAAAAUAA